GCGCGCGCGACCCGCCAAGUUUCCUGUUUCCCCCUCCCGCGCGCGCGUCACUCCGGGGAGAGACUCGGCGCGAGAUAGAAACGAUUGGGAGCGCGAGCAGCGCCUGGCGAGCCCCCGAAACCGCGCAGUCCUGGUGGGAGGCAGGGAAGAAAAAAAACCCGGGGAUAUUUUCUCCCGGCUUUUUAAAAUCGGCAGGACCGGGAGGCCCGGCGCGGAGAGGAGGCUGCGGUCGCAGGUUUCUGGGGGUUUCGGGGCUCCGGAGCGCAGGAAGGGGAAAUGUCCUGGUGGCCGCGCGGGGAGGAUGGCGAGGAGACGGUCUAUCAGGACACGGACUCGGACGUGGCGGAGCAGCGGGAGAGUGGCAGGGUCAAGGUGAAGUGGACGCAGGAGGAGGACGAGAACCUGAAGACCCUGGUCCAGAAUUUUGGCCAGAAUGACUGGAAGACCAUUGCCAGCUUCUUACCAAGCCGCACGGAGCACCAGUGCCAGCACCGCUGGUUUAAAGUGCUGAACCCGGACCUGAUCAAGGGCCCCUGGACGAAAGAGGAGGAUGAGAAGGUCAUCGACCUGGUGAAGAAGUACGGCACCAAGCAGUGGGCCAUGGUGGCCAAGCACCUGAAGGGCCGGCUGGGCAAGCAGUGCCGGGAGCGCUGGCACAACCACCUCAACCCCGAGGUGAAGAAGUCCUCCUGGACCGCCGAGGAGGACCGCAUCAUCUACCAGGCGCACCGCAUCCUGGGGAACCGCUGGGCCGAGAUCGCCAAGCUGCUCCCGGGCAGGACGGACAACGCCGUGAAGAAUCACUGGAACUCCACCAUCAAGCGCAAGGUGGAGAUGGGCUUCUACGCCGGCGACCAAGACAAGGCCGUGACGGUCGUGCCCCAGCUGGAGCAGGGAGAGGUUGUCGCCGCGUGCGCCGGGAAAGACAAGGAGGUGGAGUUCCAGUGCGACGUGGUGAUGGACGUCGACCCGGAGCCGGUCCCGGCAGAGCAGUCUUCUCCUCGCCUCAAGCCAGCCUGCAAAAAGAGGAGCAGUGGCGAGUCAUGUCUCCCGGAUUCGCUGAAGCCCUUUUUUAAAGACUUGCGGUACCACGAGGGUGGCAUUUCCACAAUGACUUGCAAGCUCUGUCAUUUCCAAGUCCACUCGAAGCCCGGCACCACCUCCAACUUCCUCCGGCACAUCAAGACGAGACACAUGAAGGACUUAGUGGGUCAAAGGAUAAAGGUGAAAAUCAAGAAGGAGGGCCCUGCGCUCAAGGCGCGAAAAGUCUCCCCACCUCAGGCGGCCAUCUCCCCUUUGCCUGCAGCCGUACAGGACGCCGGCAGCCAGCCCUCCGGCUCCGGCUCAUUACAGUUCCGGCAGAAGGCCAUCACGGAGGCCGUGCUGCGCAUGAUCGCCGAGGACAUGCUCCCGCUCAGCUUCGUGGAGGGCUCCGGCUUCCGCAACUUCAUGACCGUGGUGGAGCCGCGCUACCCGCGGCUGUCCCAGCGCGCGGUGGGGCUGAAGCUGUACGACGAGGUGGAGAAGAACGUCAAGCCGACGCUGAUCAGGCAGCUGAAGAGCUGCGUGGCCACGGGCGGCGGCGACGCCGUCAUCCACGCCACCCUGGACCUGUGGGCCAGCCGCUGCGGGGAGCCCGUCAUCGGCGUCCAGCUGCACUUCUUCGACGAGCACUGGGACGUGCAGCGGCCCACCGUGGCCUUCCGCCACCUGAACCGCAAGAACGUCACGGCGGCCGUGGCGCGCGAGCUGGAGGCGGUGCUGCUGAGCUACGGCCUGUUCCCCCACAACGUGGGCUACGUCGUGGCCAGCGAGGCCAAGAGCGCCAUCUCCACCUACGACCUGUUCUGCGACUACAGGCUGAUGUGCGCCGCCCAGAAGAGCGACCCCGACGAGGAGGAGAUCCUGAGCUUCCUGGCCGACUUCUUCCCCAUGGACGAGAUGGAGUUCUUGGACAUCCAGUUCGGGACGCGGGCCGGCUGCAUCGCCCACCUCCUGCAGCUGGUGAUCAAGGAGGCCCUGAAGAGCUCGCGGGUGGUGGAGAACCUGCUCUCCCAGGUGCACAACGUGGUGGCCUUCUUCCGCCGCAGUGCCUACUGGACCGAGGUGCUGGUGAAGGAGUGCGGGCUGUCCCUGGCCCCGCCGCACUCCGCCAGCAGCUUCCGCUGGAACUCCACCUUCGUGUCCCUGCGCAAGAUGGUGCAGGAGGCGGUGUGGGGCUCCGUCAUGACCCUGCUGGCCCAGGCGCGCAUCGAGGCCAAGGACUCGUCCAGCGCCCCGCCGCAGGUGCGGGCCAAGCGGGAGCAGGUCCUGGACAUCAUCGGGCUGCUGGAGCCCUUCGAGGAGGCCACCCAGGUGCUGCAGGGCGACGGCAUCACCUUCUCCCUCAUCAUCCCUUCGCUCGUGGGCCUCGACAAGACCCUGGAGACCAGGUCCACCAACUACGCGCACUUCUGCAAGAGCCUGCGGGCUGGCCUGCACGCCAGGUUCCAGCCGCUCAUCCUGCAGAGGGACCUGAUCCUGGCCACGGUGCUGGACCCCCGGAUCAAGCUGCAGCCCUUCCGGGACGGGAAGCAGGAGCAGGAGGACGCCUGCCUGACCCCCCCGACCAAGUUCCAAGCCAAGAUGGUGGUGGAGUCCACGGCGGUCAACCUGGGGGUCUGGGGCGCUCAGGAGGACGGGGGCGUGAAGCAGGAGGACAGCCAGGAGGAGGACCCAGACGAGGCGGAAUCAGCCGGCCCCGUGAGCUCCAACCUCAAGCACAAGAAGAUCUUCAGCUUCUUCCAGCCCCCGGCCAAGACCGCCAAGUUCUCCGAGGUGGACCUCUACCUGGCGGAGAACCUGCUGGACGGCGACGCCUCCCCGCAGGCCUUCUGGAAGGAGGCUGCCCGUUUCCCCCGCCUCCAGAGCCUGUCCAGGAAGCUCCUGGCCGUGCCGGCCACCUCGGGGGGCUUCGACCGGCUCUUCCCGCUGGCCGGCUGCAUCGUGCGGGCCAGGAGGAGCAAGCUGCCCCCCCACACGACCGAGAGGCUCCUCCUGUACAGGGAGGCGCUCAAGAGCGCGGAUGGCAGAUAGCCCGCCCGUUAACAGUGGUCCGUGCCGGAGUGUAGUACAAAUGGGAAACGAGCUUUAGAAGCGUGUGGAUUUCAGGGCUCUGGCCCUGGUGCGAGUGGACAUGAACACUGGUCCCUGUCUCUCCCAUCUGCAGGAAAAAUGAAUUUCCAAUGUCAGCGAUGUGUGAGGCAGUAACUUGUGGAGAAGGGAGUGAGCAUUCCCUCAGCGUCCCUUUUAUUUCUUCUGUUGGUGAAAGCGUGUAUCAUAAUGUCGCCCCAUCAUGUGCUUACGUGGCCCAGUAGGUUUAACUGUCAGGACCUUAUUUACCUAGCAUUUCGGGAAAAAUCAUUCUAUAUAGUGUUAAAACGCGUGAACGUAGUCCUGGGACGCUGGCGAAUCUGAAUCUGUGGUGCUUUGUGGUCUAAUGUAUGGUAUAUGAAAUACGUAUGCAUAUUUACUGAGCAAACUUCAUCUACAACAUCAAAAUCAUGUUAGUUUUUUUGUAUUAAAACUAAGUUGCAUGCGGAAUAUAGUACUCUAUAGCUGCUUUUUCUGAUACAUGAGCAUGGGAGUUAUAAUUUUUCAUUUUAAUCUUUAAGAAUUAUGGCAGCCAUUUCUUUUAUAGACCUAACUAAACCUUUAAUCAGUGUGUAUGAGACCUGAGUACUUUGGAAGCAACCUCAGUUUUUUUUUUGUUUUGUUUUCAUUUGUCAAAAGUGGCCUUGAGUUCUAACGAACACUAGCGACCAUUCCAUUUGGUUAUUGUGCAUCUCCCGAUGAAUUUCAUGCUGCUUUAAGAUUUCUUAGCAUUAAAAAAUAAUGUCCACUA